AUGCAAUUCUCGAAGAUCUUCCUCUUCUUCUUUGUUUUCGUCGUCGUGUCUUCGUUCGCCCUCAAGGCCUCCUCGUUCACCUUGGACCAGGCCAAAUCAGAUCUCAAGGUCAUCGAACACGAUGUCGAGGAAAUGGAGGAAAAGGAAGCUAAGAUCUACGCUGAGAUGUUCGAAGAGAUCUUUGUUCUCAAGCAAUACGCCAGAAACCUGAGGGGAAGAAGAGGGGUAAAAUGUGGCUCAAAAGUUCUCGAAAAAGUGAUUCAAAUAUGCGGAGACUUCAGUUCUAACACAGGACGUGACAUUGCCACCCACUGUUGUUCCCAUGUCUGCACGGAUGAGUAUUACAAGAAAAACGUCUGCCCACAGAAGUGA